GCGACACUACCGGAACAACCGGUUCGAGGUGCGAUCGAUAACAUCGUGCUAUGAGAAGGGCACUACCACUGAACAGCUGAUGAGCGGCCUACAAACACUCGAGGCCCUCUUCCUCAUGCUUCUAGCAACGUCGGGGGUCUCUUCUAACACAACCAGCAAAACAGGGACAGCACCUGCAACUAACGUUGUCGUCGAGGAACCAGAAUUUACGGAUGUUAUAGAAAAUGUUACAGUGCCUGCCGGGCGGAACGUCAAACUGGCUUGUUCCGUCAAAAAUCUAGGAUCAUACAAAGUAGCGUGGAUGCACUUCGAGCAAUCCGCGAUCCUUACUGUACAUAAUCAUGUAAUCACAAGGAAUCCUCGCAUCAGCGUCACGCACGACAAGCAUGACAAACACAAGACCUGGUUCUUACACAUAUCAAACGUACAAGAGGAGGACAAGGGUCGCUACAUGUGCCAAAUCAACACAGUCACGGCAAAAACGCAGUUCGGGUACCUGCAUGUGGUCGUUCCACCGAACAUUGACGACUCCCUUAGCUCAAGCGAUGUUAUCGUCCGGGAGGGAUCCAACGUGACGCUUAAAUGCCGAGCCACGGGUAGUCCAACACCCACAGUAAAAUGGAAGAGAGACGACAACUCUAAAAUAGCCAUUAAUAGAUCGUUAAACGUGCUAGAGUGGGAGGGGAAUUCCAUUGAAAUUACGAAAAUUUCCCGCCUGGACAUGGGCGCAUACCUCUGCAUUGCAUCGAACGGUGUGCCGCCUACGGUGUCAAAGCGAAUUAAAGUCAGCGUUGACUUUCCACCGAUGCUGUGGAUACCACACCAGUUGGUUGGUGUUCCACUGUAUUUCAACGUGACAUUGGAAUGUUUCACCGAGGCACAUCCAACAUCGCUGAACUACUGGACGCGAGAGGACGGUCACAUGAUUCAUGACUCCAAGAAGUACCGAACUGAGUCAAACGUAGGAAUGCCAGUCUACAAGACGCACAUGCGUCUCCACAUCUACAACAUCCAGCAAACGGAUUACGGGACGUACAAGUGUGUUGCUAAGAAUCCCCGCGGCGAAACCGAUGGAACAAUUAGACUUUACACGUCUACACCUCCAACAACAUCGCCCGGGCCGCCGACAACCGAAUCCUACUCCGACCUUUGGCCCAACCGGAACCUCAACGAUUCCGCCGGUGGUCUUCACCAUCAUCACGGUGGGCAGCACUCGAAUUCUUAUUCUGGGCACGUGGUUGAUAAAAACUCUAAAUACUCUUCCAAUCUUAAUGAAAUUGAUCGAUCCGAGCAAAAAUCGUUCGAUACUAAUAUCAUCUAUUGGCCACCAGAAACUAAUCGGAACAAUCAAGGUGCCAUCACAGCAACAUGCAAUAUUCUGUCCAUUAUUUUUAGCACCGGUAUGCUACUUUUGGUAAGAAUUAGCUUACAAUAACUAGCAAUCAAAAUGU